CGCCGGGGAGUUUUAGCCAAUGAGAGGAGAGGAUGGUUAGAAGAACACGCCUGUCAUCGUACAACAUGGCGGAAAAUUCAAACGGAGCGCUAGGCUGUGUGGUGCGAUGCCUCUCAUCAGAAUCAGAACUACAAGAGCUGUGUCGGGAGGAGCAGCUGUGCUGUGCUGAGCUGGGUGUCACUCGCAAGAACCUCAGUGAUUUUGAAGUGGAAUAUCUGUGGAACUACAAGAAAGUGCAGGACCAGGAGCUGUACCUUGUGAAGUGGAAAUAUUACCCUGAUUCUGAAAGCACCUGGGAACCCCGACAUCACCUCAAGUGCAACAAUCUCCUGAAGCAAUUCCAUUUGGACCUGGAGCGGGAGCUGCUACGGCGAGCAAAGGCUGCUGGGACAAAGAAGACAGCAGUGAGGUGUCCCCGCAGGUUGGACCAGAGCCUUUCCCACUACUUAGUGCUAAAAGCCAAGCAGAGGAAGCGCCUCCGCCAGUGGGCACAGCAACUCAAUGCCAAGCGCUCCCACCUUGGCCUAAUCCUGGUGGAGAAUGAAGUGGACCUGGAGGGCCCACCCCGUGACUUUGUGUACAUUAAUGAGUACAGGGUGGGUGAGGGGGUGACAAUCAACCGAAUUUCAGCAGGAUGCAAAUGCCGAGACUGUUUUUCAGAUGAGGGGGGCUGCUGUCCAGGGGCCUUCCAGCACAAAAAGGCCUACAAUAAUGAGGGGCAGGUGAAGGUGAAACCUGGCUUUCCAAUUUACGAAUGUAACUCCUGCUGCCGCUGUGGCCCCUCCUGUCCUAACCGUGUGGUUCAAAAGGGAAUCCAGUACAAAUUCUGUAUAUUCAGGACGUCAGAUGGGAGAGGGUGGGGUGUGCGUACGCUGGAAAAGAUCCGCAAAAACAGCUUUGUCAUGGAGUAUGUGGGAGAGAUAAUAACCUCUGAAGAAGCGGAGCGGAGGGGCCAAAUCUAUGACCGCCAAGGAACCACCUACCUGUUUGACCUGGAUUAUGUGGAAGAUGUUUAUACAGUGGAUGCUGCUCGUUAUGGGAAUAUAUCACACUUUGUAAACCACAGUUGUAAGCCGAACCUUCAGGUGUACAACGUCUUUAUCGAUAACCUAGAUGAAAGAUUACCCCGUAUUGCUUUUUUUGCAACCCGAACAAUCCGAACAGGGGAGGAGCUGACAUUUGACUACAAUAUGCAGGUGGACCCAGUGGAUGUGGAAAGUAGCAAAAUGGAUUCUAACUUUGGCAUAGCCGGUCUCCCUGCAUCUCCCAAGAAGCGAGUGCGGGUGGAAUGCAAGUGUGGAGUAAGCAGCUGCCGCAAGUACCUCUUCUGAGAGAUGGACCAGGAUGUCCCUGUACCACCUGAACUUGGUUGGUUCUUACACUGCACUUAAAUUAUUUGCUGCCCCAGACAGCAAGAUGAGAACAUUACCACCCUUCACCAUGAGAGCAGUUCCUAAUCCCUACCCCUAGUGAGAUCCUUGCUUGCAAAGCAUUAAUUGCACAGUACUGACCCCAUGAAAUAUUGGUGCUAAAGCCUUAGAGAGGCUUGAGAUUUGCUGCCUGGGCCUCAUCUGUGAAUUGCUCCAUCCUUGUGUGCUAGUGUUACUGGCCCAGAAUGUGUUUUUACUUGAACUUCCUGUUCCCUUAAACUGUAUGUGAUGCACCAGAGGGAAGGCGGACUAUGAAAUGAUACCCACUUCCUUCUAAUAGGUGCCUGCCUGUUAUGGGUUUUUAUUGCAUUUUCUGUGUUUUUAUGCAUGGGGAAGAUUACCAUCGGAUUUGUGUAGUGACUGGGUUCUGCAACUUAUCAGUGGCUUAUGUGGCCCAGACCUGGAUUCUCUGCUCACCAAUUGUGGUUUCAAGCUGUACCCACAACUAAUAUAUGUCAGGCACUGUGUCCCUACACUAAUUCUUCCCUCUCUGGAACAAAAGGGGCGCGUUUUUAUUCUUGUUUUUAUUAUUGUCUAAACCCGAACCAUUGUUCUUUUUGUGACCACCUGGCUCCUGUGUUCGGACUGUGUAUGUAUGGCUCCUGUCCUUUAACAUCUUAUACAUGUCCACUUUGUGUUUAUAAAUAAUACAUUGUUUUA